GCCAUCUUUGCCGACCCCAACGACGGCGUCCACUACAAGCGACGCUCGGCCGCCAACGCUGGGGCGGGCCGCUACGCGGACGCCCUCGCCGACGCAAAGGUGGCCGCCGACCUCGGGUCGAAGCAGGCGCCGGCGGUGGGCGCGGACUGCGCCUGCCAGCUGGGUGCGGUCCUGUGCUGCCUCGGGAAGCUGCAGGAGGCGCUGGACGCCUACGACCGCGGCCUCAAGCUGUUACCUGGACACGUGGGCUGCCAGCAGGGCCGGAACGAGGCCCAGGCGGCGAUGGAGCGCAGAGGCGCCGGGCUGCUCGAACGCGGCGCGGACGACGUCGAAGCGCAACGCCUGCAGACGCUGCCGGUUUCGGAGGACGCCCUGGGCAGGGGCUUCGAGGUGGUCAAGCUCGUGGUGGGCUCCCGCGAGGAGCCGCUGUCCUUCUUGGUGUCCACCACGACCGUGAAGGAGGUGAUCAUCACGCCCGCCACCUGUGCCGAGCUCGGCCUCCCCAUCUCGCGCGAAGUGGUCCUCAAGGACGUCCGUUUCGAGGGCGGCGGCCUGAUUGGCAACAUUAGCGGCUGCCAGGUAGCGAACUUCAUGCAGCAGGCCACCGCGCAGACUCUGAGCGGCGCUGCGGUGCACGGCAUGGUGGGCUCGGGCGGCUCUGGCAACGACGCUCCCAUGGUCAACGGCUUCGACGAUAGCGACGGGAUCAUCGACGACUCCUGGGCCGACAGCCUGCCCGUCCGCGGGCCGCGUUGGCCUAGGAGGAAAUGCGAGGGCAUGAGUGUCGCGGUGGUGGCUGCUGCUGGCGCAGGCGGUUCGGGCUCUGGCUCGGCCGCUGCGACGGCCGCGCCUGCUGACGCGGCGCUGCCCCUCGUGGGCGCCCCUGGCGGGGCGGCGGCGGCGGAGGCGGCGGAUCCAGCUCGCGGAGCUGGAGGAGCUGCUGGUGCUGCGGGGUGCGGCCUCGGGUGCGACGGCCAGGUCGACGGAGCCGCGCGGCGGCGGCGCGGGCCCAGGCGUCCUCGGGCGAAGGCGGCGGCGGAGCUGGGCGCGGCGCUCGCGGUGGCGGCGCCUGCUACAGGCGGAACUGCGGCCUCGGAGGUCGGCCCGGAGGAGGUCUUCGCGGUUGCCGACGGCGUCCUCCGCCAGGCGGCUGACUACGAGCCUCGGCUCAGCGAGCAGCUUCGGCAGAUGCUGGAGUCCGUGAGCUGGGGACCUGCUCGGCGCAAGGCGGCCUUCGUGAUUAUGUUCCUGCUGUGCAGCCAGGAGGUCCUCGCCGCGCGCAGCAACAUCAACCUCGAGCUCGGUAUCCAGGCGCACCUGCAGUCGCUCGGCAGCCGAUCCUCCAGGGGGCCCCGCGGCGCCUCGGGCGGCCCGGGCCCCGCGCCCCCCCGGGAGCAGGCGGCCCGGCGGCGCGGGGCCGAGCUUGGGCCGGACGCCCUGGGGAGGCUGGAGGUGGCCCUGGACUCCGUGCUCGAGAGGGUGUCCGAGUGGCACCAGAGCGGCGGGAAAGAGACGUCGCUGAUGGAAUUGGAGGUCCACCUGAGCAGGUCGGGUCUAUCCACGUUCAAAGAGGAGGACCUCAGUGAGGCGCGGCGCGAGCUAGAGAGGCACAAGGCUGAAGGCGGCGGGGUGGAGAACUUGAACCUGUUCUUGUGCAAGCGCACGCGCGCGAACGGCUACACGGACGAAGGCUGGCUGUUCCAGGACCGAAAGAUCGAGGAGGGGAGUUUCGAGGUGAAGUGCACGAGCCGGGUGAACGUCUUGCACAGGGGGACGGUUGAAGACAAAAAAGGUUCAACUGUCAAGGAGGAGUUGAUGAUCCAGGGAGUAAACGCGCUCAAGGCCCACACGAAAGAGGAGUUUGAUAGCAAUUUCCCGAUCCGCCUGAAGGUCUGCAGGGCCAGGGGCGGCUGCAACCGGCCUCUCGGUGAGAGCCGUAGGCUCGUCGAUGCUGGUGACGACGUAUUCGGGAACGGAGGUCUGCACACAGAAAUCCCCAUUCCCGACGGCCAGGCCGAGAACCUCUGGCGGGAGUCCCACCAGGAAAGCCACCUGUACGCGGUGUGCUACGACCAGCAAGACGAGUGCGAUGGUGUGAUGUGGACGCCGAAGAAUUUUGAUAUGUGCAAUGGGUGGUUCGAGGCGGACGACGCGAGAGCGACGCUGGGCAUCAUCGGCGAGGCCAUCAAAUCUGGCAGCUGGAUGGACUUCUGGAAGCCAGGGCCAGGACCAGCAGGCGGAUCGAAGAAUGACCUCGGCCCUGUGAGCGAAGACUUGGCGGGCCAGGCAGGUAUCGAUGGGGAGGACUUGUCCAUGGCGGACGGGCUCAAGGGUGGCGUUCGCGAGCACAGCGGGUGCCCCACGUCGGACUUCAUGGUCCAGCAGGAGAUGGAUUCGCUUUCCGAUAACAAGGACAGAAACCCUCCAAGAGGUGACCGAUGUGCUUCGCAGUUAUGA